UCUCAUCUUUCGAUUGAAGAGCAGCCAUGUACCUACUUAUAAAUCAAUGAAAGGUGGCGAUUUUUUAAUGGGUUUUUGGAAGGUUAAGAUUUAGUGAAAGAUUCUUCGAGAAGGGCAUAUGAUCAAAAGAUUUUAUUCGACAGAAACAUGAAAGAGAGGUGGUGAUUUUGUAUGGAAUAUCGGAGGCUGGGAGAAUUCGGAGAAAGUUGAGGAUUGUUUGAUCUCAUUCAACAGUGGUGUGUGCCAUAACGGCAAGGAUACAAUAUCAACGGUCUGGAUCAUUCAACGAUGCAGCACUUUAGGACGAUUCACAGCACCACAAUCUAACAGUACCAAUGGGAUGCCUUUCUUCAAAGAUCGCGGCCCGGUCAAGGAGCUUUCAAGAAGAGCUGAGGCAUAGCUUGCAGAGGAGAAUCGAGGGCUUUCCCGCCUUAGAAGAUAUACUCAUCUCCAAGAACAAUGGAGAUCAAUUCCUCGCUCUUGUUUGCACUGCUAAUACAGUGGCCAAGAAACUCCAAAAUGGAAAUCCCGCGACAGAGUCCAUAAUUGAAGUGGACCCGUUCGACAAGCAGACAGAUAUCGAGAACAUCAACAUCAAAGUAUUGAUGUGUGACUUAAAAGAAGAAGAACAACAACAACAAGAACAAGAACAAAGAAAAGAGAGACCCAUAGCUUCUACAAGCUUUCAUGGCCCCCACCAAUUGGCUAGUGAAGUACAAUGUCCAAUCCAAUGUGACAAUACCUACGCGAUCCAAGAUAAUGGACCCACAAUAGAUGGUGGAAGUAUAAUAAGUACUAGAAGCAUCCAUACCGUUGAAGAAUACGAUGCGAUGGUGGACGCAAGCAAUCGAUGGUCCCAAAUAGGGCCGGACGUCAUAGUUCAUCAUUCCACUGGAAAUGUAAAUGACCAAUGUGUAGGAUCUUCAGGAAGCUCUUUUAACCAGUGUUCUGCAGUUGAAGAGGAUGGCAUUGAGGGCGACAGGAAAGAAUCAUCCACAAUUGAUAAUCACAAGCCUGAUCAUGCCGAGGCUGUUAUCGCCACCGUUGAAGAUGGGAAUUUCACAAAUGAAAAGGGCUUUCGGAGGAAGGCGAAGGCGAAAGAGCUGGCCACCCUCAGCAUUCCAACAAUCGUUGAUUUUCCGGCUCCAGGAAGUUUUGGAGAUUGGAACGAAUUGACGACCUUGUUCUCCAACGGCGACUAUGACACACCCAAAUUUGGUAAUUUUUGCAUAGCGAAUCCGGUAUACUGUAGUGGAGAGUGUAAUGUAUUCGAUCCGGAAAUGCUGGCAUCCUUUGAAGAAGACAUGAAGCAGCUGACAGAAGAGGAGGAAAGCAUACUUCAACAGAUUGUAGAGAGUCUGGAGGAAGAGAGUAUUGGAAAGGAGGAAAAUAAGGAAUUCAUUCCAAACCAAAUACAAGUGUAGAAUGGGAAAUUGACUUUGAGAAUUCAGGUGGAAGUUGAAAAAUAUGGGAAUACAUCUCAGUCAUAGAAAA